AUGGAGGUCCCGCUUGGCAUCCUUCCAGGGGGUGGCGCCUGCGUGAAUCUCCGGCGCUUGCUGGGUGCUGGCCGGGCGAUGGAGGUGGUGCUGUCUGGAGAUGAUGUGGAUGCCCAGACAGCAGAGCGCUGGGGUCUCCUCAACCGCUGCUUCGAAGACAAAGCACGGCUUCGAGCACACGUCGAUGCCUUGGCUGCCCGGUUGGCUUCUUUCCCGCCUGAGGCGCUGCGCUGUGCGAAGGAGGCAGUCCUGGCAGCCGAGCGAAUGCCUCACACAGAGGCUCUGAAGGAGAACCUGAUGCUUUUUUACCGAUCUACGCGGGGACCAGAGGCCAAGCAACGCAUGGAGUCUUUCCUCAAGAACGGUGGCCAGACUUUGGCUGGUGAGCAGGAGCUGCAGCGAACCCUCAGCAAGCUCUGA